AGAUGUCUGAAUCCCUUCACAAUGCUUACACUAUAUCAUAUAUGGGAGGAGGUGUAGCAGUUGGCCACCAAGAUUCAACUCUGUCUUCCUUUUGCUCCACUUCUCUAUGGUGUUGCUGAAAUGGCAUCUUACCUUAGCUCUGAGUUGUUGAAGAGAGUCACAUUUCUGCAUCUCAAAGUGUGGGUAUUAAUAGCUUUCUUUAUAGGUCUGUUCAUAGUAGUAAUUCUGCUGGUGUUGCCCUUUUGUCUGUCACGCAAAAAGCCCAAAAGGAACGGAAAAACACUCCCCACAAGUCCCCCUAUUCCUCCCCUUUCAAAGGAGAUCAGAGUUGUGAACUGUUCCGCAAACAAUAACUAUUACAAUGACCCCUUUCAAGACGCAUAUAGAGACAAAGACUCUGAUAAGCUUUUGGGCCAUACUGAAAAGAUUCAGUCAGGUGACAACGACAAUGUUGGAUUGAUCUCUUACUCUUCUCUGUCUGAUUCGCCCCCGAAGCUUUCCCAGCUCGGCUGGGGCCAUUGGUUUACUCUCAGGGAUCUACAGAUUGCAACCGAUAAUUUCUCUAAAGAAAAUGUGAUUGGGGAGGGCGGAUAUGGAAUUGUUUAUCGGGGACAACUUGUUAACGGAAAUCCAGUGGCCAUUAAAAAACUACUACUUAACAAUCUAGGAGAAGCGGAGCGAGAAUUCAGAGUGGAAGUUGAAGCCAUUGGGCAUGUUCGUCAUAAAAAUUUGGUUCGACUUUUGGGUUAUUGUAUUGAGGGAACCCAAAGGUUAUUGGUGUAUGAGUAUGUAAACAAUGGAAAUUUAGAGCAAUGGCUUCAUGGAGCUAUGCGCCAUCAUGGGUACCUUACAUGGGAAGCCCGAAUGAAUGUCAUUCUUGGCACUGCUAAGGCGCUUGCGUAUUUGCAUGAAGCAAUUGAACCCAAGGUCGUACACCGAGACAUUAAGUCAAGCAACAUACUCAUUGAUGACAAAUUUAAUGCUAAAAUAUCCGAUUUUGGGCUGGCUAAGAUGCUUGGCGCGGGAAAGAAUUACAUUACAACCAGGGUGAUGGGCACGUUUGGAUACGUGGCGCCUGCGGACGAGGUGACCCUGUCGAUUAUAGGCGCCCUGCGGACGAGGUGAAUCUUGUGAACUGGCUUAAAAUGAUGGUUGGAAGCAAACGGUCGGAAGAAGUUGUGGACCCCACGAUGGAGAUGAGGCCCUCCACGAGCUCCCUCAAGCGUGCUCUUUUGACUGCCCUAAGAUGUGUCGACCCGAAUGAUCAAAACAGGCCAGCGAUGAGUCAAGUUGUCCGCAUGCUUGAGUCUCAGCAGUACCCAGUGCCUCGAGAGGGUCGAAAAGGGCAGAAAACACAGGCAGGUUCUGUGAGAGCAGAGUGAAUCUCAUUGAGGGAAGAGUGAACCAUGUGAGACAUUUGGAAGGAAGGUGUAAAGGGAAGAUUAUGAUAUACUCCCCAUGUCCCAAAGUAGUCUAACUUUUUUGAGUUGUCAAAUUAGACGGGCUUUAAUCAUCAACUAUACGAGUAUAAAAAUUGAUGAUUAGCAAAGUAGACGAAUAUUUUUUGGGGUUUAUAUAGAAUAAACGAUACGUAAUCAAAGUGGUAUUAGGAU